AUGGCCCCGCUGUGGUGGUUGCUGGGCUCGCUGGUGGCCGCGGUGGCGGGGGGGGGGUCGGUGGAGCAGCCCCCCGCCUCCGAGCCCGCCUGCCCCGUGUGCCUGUGGCGGCGGCAGAGCAAAGAGCUGCGGCUGGAGAGCAUCAAGUCGCAGAUCCUGAGCAAGCUGCGGCUGAAGGAAGCGCCCAACAUCACCCGGGAGGUGGUGAAGCAGCUGCUGCCCAAGGCCCCCCCGCUCCAGCAGCUCCUGGACCUCCACGACUUCCAGGGGGACUCGCUGCAGCACGACGAGUACCUGGAGGAGGACGAGUACCACGCCACCACCGAGACCGUCAUCAGCAUGGCCCAGGAAACGGACCCGGUGGUGCAGAUCGAGGGCAACCCGCACUGCUGCUUCUUCAACUUCAGCCCCAAGAUCAUGUUCACCAAGGUGGUGAAGGCGCAGCUCUGGGUGUACCUGCGGCCGGUGCAGCACACCUCCACCGUGUACCUGCAGAUCCUGCGCCUCAAGCCCGUCACGGACGAGGGCAGCCGCCACAUCCGCAUCCGCUCGCUCAAGAUCGAGCUCAACUCGCGCUCCGGCCACUGGCAGAGCAUCGACUUCAAGCACGUCCUGCAGAACUGGUUCAAGCAGCCGCACAACAAUUGGGGCAUCGAGAUCAACGCCUUCGACCCCAACGGCAACGACCUGGCUGUCACCUCGCUGGGGCCCGGCGCCGAGGGGCUGCACCCCUUCAUGGAGCUGCGCGUCCUGGAGAACAACAAGCGCUCGCGGCGGAACCUGGGGCUGGACUGCGACGAGCACUCCACGGAGUCGCGCUGCUGCCGCUACCCGCUCACCGUGGACUUCGAGGCGUUCGGCUGGGACUGGAUCAUCGCCCCCAAGCGCUACAAGGCCAACUACUGCUCGGGCCAGUGCGAGUACAUGUUCAUGCAGAAGUACCCGCACACGCACCUGGUGCAGCAGGCCAACCCGCGCGGCUCGGCCGGGCCCUGCUGCACGCCCACCAAGAUGUCCCCCAUCAACAUGCUCUACUUCAACGACAAGCAGCAGAUCAUCUACGGCAAGAUCCCCGGCAUGGUGGUGGAUCGCUGCGGCUGCUCCUAGAGCCGCCCUGCCUCCCUCCUUCCCCGCCCGCCUCCCCUCCGAGCGAGCCCCCCCUGCCCCCCGCGGGCUCCUCAGCAGUUUUUUUUU